CAACCCUUCCUCGCAUCUCGAAGGCGGCGGCGGAGGAGGCUAGUAAGGGGCGAAAGAAUGGGGAAGGCGGCGAAGGGAUCGCGGAAGGGGAAGAAGGCGUGGAGGGCCAACAUCAGUACCCACGACAUCGAUGACUACUUCGACAAGUCCACCAAGGACGCCCUCACGGGCCGCGCCGCCACCAUCGCCUCCCUCCCCAGCGAUUCCCUUUUCUACCUCGACACCAAAUCCAACGCCGAAAUUCCGCCAAAAAGAAAGAUUGAGAAGCAUAAGGAGAAAAUUCUCCAUUAUGAGAGCUUGCUACAGAAGAAUCCUUUCGUGCAAGCUGUUCCAUCUUCUACCCUGAAAAAACUGAAGAGGGAAAAGAAAAAAGCUAAUACAGAAAAACCUCAGGCUCAAACGGACCCCAAGGAAGAGGAUACAACUUCUAAUCUAACUGACAUUUGGGGCGAUGAAGGGGAAGCAGCUGGCAAGACCAGAAAGAAGCAGAAGGCUACACUCAUUCCAGCUGUUGAAGUGGAGCCGCCAGGGUGUUCAUUCAAUCCUCCAUUUGAGGCUCAUCAAGAUUCAUUGGCUCAAGCUGUUGCGGACGAAAUGCAAAAUAUCUACAAAAAAGAACUAGGGCCUCAACCAGUGCCAGUUACAGUUCCUGGUGAACCAGUGACAGAAGAAGAUAAAUAUUUUCUAGAGGCAGAUGAUGGAAACGAAAGUGACAUAGAAGGGGAAACAGGCAACAAUGACAGUGAGCUACCUGAAUUAAGCAGGAAAUCAAAAACAAAGAGAGUAACUCGAGUGGAGGUAAAUCGAAGAGCCAGGCAUAAGGAGCAGCUAAAAGCAGAAGAAGAAGCUAAGAAGCGGAAGAAUCUUUCCGAGGAACUUGAUAGUUUACCAGAUAUAAUGGAGGAAAUAGCUAAAGAGGAUGAAGAAAAGCAUAGGAGACACAUGAGACGUGCCGUAGCUCGGCAGGAAAGAUUGAAAUCUGCUCCACCUCGCCUUGGGAAGCACAAAUUUGAACCAGCUCCUGUUCAAGUUCUUCUGACAGAGGAGAUUUCUGGAUCCCUUAGGAAGCUGAAGGGUUGCUGUACUCUCGCAAGAGAUCGUUUCAAAAGCCUGGAGAAAAGGGGCUUGCUUGUUCCACGAGCUAAAGGGAGCAGAAGGAAAUAAAAACGAGGUGACUGAUGGGUGGACAAAGGACGACCUGCUUUUGAAGCUUAUAGUUAUUUUAACCUUGCAACUAAGUUGUCUGCCAUUGUUUCUCCUCGCUUGCUUAUAUACCUAUGAACUGAACUGAUGGUGACAAUUUCUAUGAAUUUAAUUCGAUAGUACCUAACUUGUUCUGACGAA